AGAGAUGGAGAAGAGGAGGUAGGGGAGGAGAGAUGGAGUGGAGGGAGGGAGGGAGGGGAGGAGAGAUUGUGAAGAGGGACGGAGGGAGAGGGGGAGCGACUUUCAGUCUGCGCAUUGGUGGAUGCGAGUGAAAGCGGUGUGUGUGGUGUGUCCUUGUGACAGCUCAGCAGCUACAUCACAUGUCUGCCUGGGAAGGAACAGGGGAAACCUCUCUUCUCUCCUCCUCUCAAAACAGCCUUACACUGGCCAACUGAUGCUGUUGCCAUGGCAUUGGGGUGUUCUGGUAAUUGGCGUACACACUCACUCACAGGCAGAGAGAUAAACCGUGGGCUGAUGUCACCUAAAUUGGUGAAGGAUGCAAUUAUCUCCCAUCUCUUCUUUUUCUUCCCCCCUCCCUCUUCUUUUCUUCCCCACUCUCUGGUUGUCUCUCGGCUGUUAAAAAUAGCCUUCCACAGACACCCUGACAGCAUCUAAUAUUAUUAUGGGAUACAGAUAAUGAACAGGCUCAUGAGUUCUCCACAAUGGCCGCUGCGCUCGGGGAUGUCAGGAAACAACAGAAGACUCAAAAGAGGGAGAGGGAGAAGAGUGGAUGAUAAUAGAGAUAAUGGCGAUAAAGAUACUGUCACUGUGCAUUCACAUUCCUCAAUACGUGCCCCAUCCUCUUUCCCAACCCUCAUUGUUUUACUGUAGAGGGGAGGAAUUGCUGUAUGUCUCAAUGACAUUCCUUCACAAUGGCUGACUUCAUAAAAAAUAGCUUUAAGAGGGAAUUACUGGGGCUGGAAAUUGAAGAGGAUGGGAUUUAUCUGCAGCACUUGCACAGCUAGAGAAAAGAGGAAAAGUUACAUCUGGAAUCCAUGUCUGGAUAUUAAACAUCAAUCAUUCAAACACCCCUUUAGAAGUUCAUAUAUACACCAAUGCCAAGCUGUAAUUAGGGCUCCCCCCUUCUCCCCACUUUCUGUCAAAUCAUGUGUUCUGAAUAGUGUUGCUGGGGCUGGCAGACUACAGCAGGGGAAAAAGAGGGAGGGAAUGAAAAAGGGAGGAACAUGGUGAGAGAGUGAGAGAGAGAAGCAGGGUAGGAGGGGGAGUGAGCGUUACAGCGGUGAGAGCAGUGAAGCAAGACAAAUCCAGUGGAGGAACCCCCCCUCCAGUCAGAUGAACAUCGCUGCCUCACUCCCUCCUCCUUCUCCUCCUCCUGUCUCCAUCGCUGUUUUUUUCCCCUCCUCCCUUCCUUGCUUCUUCUCCAUUAUUCAUCAGUGCACUGAGAGUCCCCAGCUCACGGCUCCAGCUGCUGCUGCUCCUGCCGAUCCACCGAGCCAACUGGAUCUCCUCCUCGCCUAGCCUGGCAACAGCGCCUACACUUUUCCCUACAUAUAUCUAUCCCUCCAUCCCCAGUCAUGGAGACUCAGAGCUGGCCCUUUACUGCUGCUGAGAGGGAGAGUGAGCCAUCAUCGAGCUGCUCUCUUAGCUGCUGAGAAGAGAAACACAAGAGGAGAGAAGAGGGGAUUUUUGUCCUUUUUGGCGUUGAAAGAAUCCUGUUCAUCUGCCUCUAUUUUUGCUAUUGGAUUACAGUUCUGGCUUUGUGUAGGAACGAAAAAACGGGGUCCAAAAUGCCUGAAGCCAAUUACUUGCUGUCGGUGUCUUGGGGUUACAUUAAGUUCAAGAGAAUGUUGAAUCGGGAGUUGACGCACCUAUCUGAGAUGAGUCGGUCUGGGAAUCAGGUUUCCGAAUUCAUCUCCAACACCUUCCUAGACAAACAGAAUGAGGUGGAGAUCCCGUCGCCGACAUCCAAGACACGAGAGAAGAAGAAGCAGCAGAAGCAUCAGCUGAUGACACAGAUCAGCGGGGUCAAGAAGGUCUCCCACGGGCCCUCGCUCUCCAGCAGCAGCAUCUCUCGCUUCGGCGUCAAGACUGAUAAGGAGGAGCUGCUGUCCAAGGAGCUGGAUGAUCUGAACAAGUGGGGCCUGAACAUCUUCACUGUUUCAGAGUAUUCCAACAACCGACCUCUUACCUGCAUUAUGUACGCUAUCUUCCAGGAGCGAGACCUGUUAAAGACAUUUAAGAUUCCAGUGGAUACGUUCGUGGCCUACAUGAUGACAUUGGAAGACCACUACCAUUCAGAUGUGGCCUACCAUAACAGCCUACAUGCUGCUGACGUAGCCCAAUCCACACACAUCCUCCUCUCAACUCCAGCCCUGGAUGCCGUCUUCACUGACCUUGAGAUCCUAGCAGCCAUCUUUGCUGCAGCUAUCCAUGAUGUUGAUCAUCCUGGAGUAUCAAACCAAUUCCUAAUCAACACCAAUUCUGAACUGGCAUUGAUGUACAACGAUGAGUCUGUGCUGGAGAACCAUCACUUGGCUGUGGGAUUCAAGCUACUACAGGAAGACAACUGUGAUAUCUUCCAGAACCUCACCAAGAAGCAGAGACAGUCCCUACGCAAGAUGGUCAUUGACAUGGUUUUGGCCACUGACAUGUCCAAACACAUGAGUCUGCUGGCCGAUCUGAAGACUAUGGUGGAGACGAAGAAGGUGACGAGCUCUGGAGUGCUGCUGCUGGAUAAUUACACAGACAGGAUACAGGUGCUUCGUAACAUGGUGCAUUGUGCUGACCUGAGUAACCCCACUAAGUCCCUGGAGCUGUAUCGUCAGUGGACUGAUCGGAUAAUGGAGGAGUUCUUCCACCAGGGAGACAGAGAGAGGGAGAGGGGGAUGGAGAUCAGCCCCAUGUGUGAUAAACAUACAGCCUCGGUAGAAAAGAGCCAGGUGGGUUUCAUCGACUACAUUGUGCACCCUCUUUGGGAGACUUGGGCUGAUCUGGUUCACCCAGAUGCCCAGGACAUUCUGGACACGCUGGAGGACAACAGGAACUGGUACCAGAGCAUGAUACCCCAGAGUCCCUCCCCUCCCUUUUAUGACCAGGGCACGCACGGACAUAGCGGCAGCACUGGCGGGCAGGGAGGUGGGGAGAAAUUUCAGUUUGAGCUGACCUUGGAAGAGGAGGACUUAGAUGGAAUAGAGAAAGAUGGCGAAGGGGAGGAGGAAGAAGAAGAAUUAGAAGAAGAGGAGGAGGAUAGUCUAGGAGAUUCUCGAUCUCCUCCCCUGGACUAUUUGGACGGUCCGGAGAACGAGGAGGGCGGUAUGAUGGAGCCCACGACAGCAAUAGAAAUCGUGACACACGAGGCGUCACCCACAGAUACAUAGGGCUUGCAUCAUCAGGCUCACAUGGUGAUUUGAAAGUUUUUGGAAAAAGAGGGGAAAUCCUCUUGCAGCUGUGCUUUUUAACAAGCCCACAGAAGCAAAGGCUUAGUUUUGGCCUGCACAGGGGCGUCUUGCACUUGGGUGUUUGAAGCCAGACACGGACGGACAGUUUCAGUGAAGCGGCUUCAGAGUUCUCAGGAAAUAAUUACUGCGAACAUUUUAGUCUUGGUGGAGAGACGAGACUGGGGGGUGGAACUUGAAGGAUUUCGGCCAGUUUGGGAAAUGGUUACUUUUCUUUUCUGGACUGGCAUUAAAAGGACACUGACACUACUGAGAGAAAUUUUGUACCUUAAGACUUUUUUACAGAUAUGAUAUGAUCUAGAAGUAGCAUAGAGUAAGAUCUACUGAUGGAGAAACAUUUGUAUAGCAAGAGAAAGUGUUUACUUUUUUCCUGUACCAUUUGUCAAAGGACUUUUGUGUGCCUUUUUUACUAUUGUCUUUAUAAUAGUUUUUUAUUUAUUGAACACUCUAGUAUGUCUGUGAAAUGUCUUUUUUUUCUUAUCUGAAAGAGCAAAAUCUUUUUUGUAUGUUAAAGAGAACAGUCUUCCAUGUAUUGGGCAAUAGAGAAAUCCAAACAAAUGUCGACAAACAACUUUUGGGCAAACUCAUCUAAAUAGGGAAACAUGAACAUUUUACGCACAUUUUAUCAUAUUUGUUUUUCAAUCUGAGCACAACGUUUUUCUUUACACAUGGAAUUCAAACACCUUUGUUCACUCAUGGUUCAUGUUACAGUUAGUUUGUUGCUUUCUAUAUUAGAUGUCAGUCAAUGAAUGUCACACUCACACUGAAACUAUAUUUACAAACAUACAUCUUUCCUUUCCUCUUAUUCUUUGUAACAGUCUGCAGACCAUUGGGGCCUCCUACCUUUUCACACCAAAACUUGACUUUCAAGCUUUUAAGGCAAAAAUACUCAGUGAGGAUAUAGAAUCCUUCCUUUGCAACUGGUCAGGUAUAUUCCUGCUAGAUUUUCUGUGUAAAAUUAUUGUGACAUUUUAUGUACACGACUUUAUCUUUUCAUUUUUGCAGUUGUCGUAUUGGUGUGAAAUUGAGGUUAGCCCAGUUCAAACCUACCACCAGAUAAAGUGAGCAGAAAUACAAGCAAGACUAAGAACAAACACCUCAUGACAAUGAGCUCCUUAGAUGUACUAUUAAAUCAGAAAUGAAGUCCGCCAAGGACAAAAUGCACAACAGCAGUGAAUCUAUUUUCAGCCCACAGGUAUGCUGCAGUCUUAAUAAUCCUGUUAGUUGGAACAGGGCCUGACCCCAGACCCGUCUGAUGUAACGCCCCCCUGCCCCUCUGCAAUCAGGCCCAGACCAGAUGAUUAAAGGUGCUCUUAUAGCUGCCUGUCUGAAAGGCACUCUCAGACCCUCAUCAACGCCACUAUUCACAUGGUUUACAAACCCCUCUAGGCUUCACGGACACGACCUCAAAACAAUCAGGCCGGCUAUUUCUUCCUUGUGAUAAAAAUCCCUCAAGUGCUGCUUCUGCUCAUUGACGUCAAUUGAAAUUUUCCCCUCCCCCUCCACUGUAUCAGGUUUCCAGGACAGUCGGGUUAUUAGAAUUUGGCACAGAUGGAAUUGCUGGAAUCAGCAUGGCAGACUGUACCCUUUGGAAAAAAGAGAAAUCAUUAGGUGCUCUAGUUUUAAAACAAACCAAAAUAUGCCUCUUUUUGUUUUCUCCACUAAUGCAUUGGGGAAGAUAGGUCGAAAAUGGUUUGCAGACCCCACAUUUCUACUCCUGUGGCUUCCACGACUGACUCUACUGGAUGUCCUAGUUGCAUCUAUAAUCACGUCUCUCCAGUUUCAUAUUGGUUUACUGAUAUACUCAAAAGGUACUUCAUCUAAUUUCACUCCAGCAUGCUUAAGUGGCAAUCGUUUGUGUGCAGUUUGUAUGUAUGGAAGGUUUCAUAUGCGUGUGUUUCUCUGUGUGUUUGGAUGUGCUGACUUUGUCAUCAGGCCUUACCCUUAUCACUCCACACCUUUGUCGCUACUGUUUGUCGCUAGGAGCUCAAGUUGGUCCUUUUUGCUGUUUAUAACAGUGUGUAUUUAUUCUAUACUUUAAGCUUGUAAAUAAGAAAUACUGUUUCAAUGUAAAAUCUAUUUUAAUUUAUAUGCACUUGCAUUACCUGGAAGUGGUGGUGUCUAAUGUGUAGAAGACUCUGGAUUAGAGUCUUUUUAUAUAUGUAUUAUAUAUUGUUUUUAUAUAUAUAAAUAUAUAUAAAUAUAUCUAAGUAUAUAUUCGCACAAUGUUUUGAGUGCCCAGCAGAGCAGCAGCUAAAGAGACAUGUUGUUGUUGUCACAUGGGAACCUUGUAACUCAGACAGUCUUUUUAUUUUUACAUUAAAGUUAAAAUCGUCUUUUAAUGUGAUGUCACAGACGAGAGAUAGAUUAAUCUUAUUAUGCAUGAAUAUUAAACCAAAAAUGUUCUCACUUUGGCAUCAUUUUGAAAUUGAAUUCCUAUUGUGGUAUUCUUUCAUAUUUCUGAAUAUUAAAGUUUUUCUCAGUUAAAUUUUAGCUCAGUGACAUUUCAUACAAAUAGCCAGAAUUUGGAUAUCCUCAUUUUGUUUCUUAGAUAAUUCUUAGAUCAUUUUCAUCAUAACUCAAUUUUGGACCAAUUGAGUUUUUGAAGGUACAAGGUUUUCAUCUGACUUCAGCAAUUUGGUAACCCAGAGGUGACAUAGAGGACAUGUUAAACUGCAUAGGCUUGGAUAUAGGAUACAUACAAGCUAGCUAAGGAACACAGAAGCUUAGUCAGUGCUUGGUAUCAAAGUAUACAAAUAGCUUAUUUUCUCUGAGCGGCUUGUCACAACCUAAGCUUCUCCAUCCAGCAUUUGAAUGCAGAUUGCUGAUAUACGAGGCCAGAUACAGGUUCGACUGACAAACACAAAGCGAUUGUCUCCUUUUACACUUAACGCACUUCAUGUAAAAGUAGAUAAGACGGGGACAGUAUUGGUAGCAUGCUACAAUGCGCCCGGCACUGACGUGAAUCUUUCUGAAUUAACAACAAAACAUGAUCUUAUGUAACUGGUUGUGCUAAUGUGUGAACUCUUUCUGACCAAACUUGUUAGCAGUUUUGAAAUUCAAAUUUGUCAGUAUUAACAUUGUUUAUCUAUGUUCAAGCUUUUUUUGGUCCUAGUUGUGUCCAAAUGGUUAGCCAGAUUUAGCACUAUCUGCAUGAGAGAUGGGUUUUUUUUUUUUAAAUUGUCAAUAUGUUCAAGUCCACCAGUUAUUGCAGGUGGAUUAUUAAAUGUUUCACACAAUGUAUGGUAUUAUAUUGUAUAUUGUGUUCAAAAAUAAAUCUGAAAUACUUUUUCUAUGAAGUGAUUAAAAGCAAAGCAUGAAUAUA